CUAUUUCAUGAGUGCCGACGUUUCUCUUUUUUCGGGCCAACUCAUCGGUCUAUUUGACACAGGAUAAUAUGUUUGUUUUCACUUCGAUAAGUAAUGAUUUGUGACUUAUUUAUUGUACAGUAAUAAAAAAUAGUUAAUAAUUAAAACAUGGAGGUGCAAUAUCUCAUAUUAUUUUUGAGUAUUUUCUGGCAUGGGUGCGAUGCUAUAAUGUGGAGUUUAGCACCGAACACACAAAAGUGCUUGAAAGAGGAACUUCAUGCGAAUGUACUAGUUGCCGGUGAAUAUGAAGUUUUAGAAGUCAAAGGGCAAAGAAUUGAUUAUAUUGUACGUGAUUCAAAAGGUCACAUUCUAGCUCAGAAAGAUAGUAUUGUCAAAGGAAAGUUCACAUUUGUAACAGAGACAUAUGACACAUUUGAAGUAUGCUUCAUAUCAAAAGUACCUCCAGAACAUCGUGGUAUUGCACAAGAUGUUAAACUAGACAUCAAAGUUGGUAUUGAAGCAAAGAAUUAUGAAGGUAUUGGUGAAGCGGCUAAGUUAAAGCCUAUGGAGCUUGAGUUAAAGAGAUUAGAAGAUUUAUCAGAAGCCAUCGUUCAAGACUUCACACUCAUGAGGAAAAGAGAGGAAGAAAUGAGAGACACAAAUGAGUCAACAAACAAUCGCGUGCUGUAUUUCAGCGUAUUCUCUAUGGUCUGUCUCCUAGGACUUGCUACGUGGCAGGUUCUAUAUCUACGCAGAUAUUUCAAAGCCAAAAAACUCAUUGAAUGAUAAUAUAUUUUUUUUUUAUAUUUCCAACGUGAAUGUAGUCACAACUAGAUCGAUAUAAUAUUUUCAUGAGAGCUGUUUCUUAUCAUUAUACCAUAAUAAUAAAUGUAAUGUAAAGCACAAACUUCGAACAAAAAACAUCUCUUUGUUCAUAAUACAUUUUGAUCGAUAAGCAAAUAUUUCUUAUUUUAAUAUAAAUUUGAAUGUUCUCAAUCCAUACGUGUCCUUUACUUUUGCCAGCUUCACUUUUGUCAUCACAAUUGACCGGUUUGAUUAUAUUAGUUUGUUUAGAACUCGUGGCUACCUCACGACAUAUUAUUUAAAUAAAACAAAUUUC